AUGAAUAUUGUUGAAUGGGCAUUUGGCAAGCGCAUGACGCCAGCGGAGCGUCUGCGCAAGCAUCAACGGGCCCUCGAUCGAACACAGCGCGAACUAGACCGAGAGCGCACAAAGCUGGAGAACCAAGAGAAGAAACUGGUGCAGGAUAUCAAGAAGAGUGCCAAGAAUGGCCAGCUUGGGGCUUGCAAGAUCCAGGCUAAGGACUUGGUUCGGACGAGAAGGUAUAUUCAGAAAUUCUACCAAAUGCGCACACAAUUACAGGCCAUCUCGCUGCGCAUCCAGACUGUUCGAAGCAAUGAGCAAAUGAUGCAGUCGAUGAAGGGCGCAACGAUGCUGUUAGGCAGUAUGAAUCGGCAAAUGAACCUCCCGGCCCUGCAACGCAUUACGAUGGAAUUCGAGCGCGAGAACGAAAUCAUGGACGAACGACAGGAGAUGAUGGAUGAUGCGAUCGAUGAGGCGACCGGUAUGGAGGAUGACGAGGCAGAAGGCGAAGAUAUUGUCAAGGAAGUCCUCGACGAGAUUGGUGUCGACUUGACUCAACUGCUGGGUGAGACUCCGUCGGGCGAGAUCCAGAAGGAAUCAGCCGGCAGUACUCGGGUUGCGCAGGCUAUCGGCGGCGGCGGUGGGCCUGGCGAUGCUGGUGAUGAUGACCUUCAAGCGCGUCUGGACAGCCUCCGACGAUGA